AUGGGUGCCGGCGCUUCAUCAUCAGCAGCCCCGCCCAGGCACCUGUCGCCCACAACAUGUCUUAGUUGUCGAGACGGGCGGCAGUGCGACAACCACCGACAAGCACCCUCGACAGAUUGCCAACAGCAGCCGCACGAGGACCCCGACGACGGCGACGUUGGUGAUCUGUUCCUUAAUUGGGCGAACCACGAAAGCGGCAGCAGCCUCUGUUUUGAUUCUUCACCUGCAUUUGUUUUUGCGCCUUAUUCUGUUUCAACUUCGACUUCUGUUCCCUCCAGUUCUCUUCCUUCAACGGCUCCCACCCCAUCGGAGCUUUCCAAUUGGCCUCUGUUCCCGGCAGCCCAGUCGACGCCCGCCGUCUCGUGUGCGGACACGCCGCCGACCACAGCACUGUCGACCACGCCCGCCUCUCUCCUUUCUUCGCUGUCCACACCACUGCUGGACUCGUACGGAUCCCAGCAGCUGUCCUGUUCUUUGGCAACCUCCUCUUUCCCUCAACAAGACCAGCAGCUGCAACAACCCCCGCUCGAUAUUCUUGAUUGGUCGUCGACCUUGACGAUGCCGUACGCGGACCCCAUCAUGUUUCCGUCGUCUGGCCUUGGCAUGACAUCGCACCACCAUUCGCCCUCGUCAUCGGUGGGCGCGACCAUGGCCACGUCAACGGCCACCCAAUCGCGCACACCACCGCUGUCUCUGUCGCCGGCCUACUCGUCGGAGACGUCGCCUAUUGCGCAGGCGGUCGACGGCGGCUGCAGCGCGAGUGUAGCUAUUGGAGAAGACAACGACAACGACAACAACAACAGCAGCAGCAGCAGCAACAAUCUUCAGUUUCUUUCGUUCUUGGACUUGUCUUCGCUUGGGUCGACGUCACCUAGCAUCGCGGCACCAGCCGCGUCUGUGGCCAUGGCACCGUCCGUUUCGUCAUCGUCUGCGUCUGGCACGUCGGUUUCGGCUGUGGCCGCGCCCCCGCCUCCGUCUCGUUCCUCCUUUUCUUCUUCGUCGUCCUCGGCACCCAACGUCCCUGGCCUGACGCUCAGUUGUGCUGCGCGCGGCAUCCACAAAAAGUCGGGUGCCGGCGGUGCGCGUGUCCGGACGUCCACGACGACGGCGGCUGCGGACGACGAGGAUCUCCUCCUCAAGAGACAGCGCAACAGCCUGGCGGCGCGCAAGUACCGCCAGAAGAAGCUGGACCGCAUCUCGGAGCUGGAGGUGGAAGUCGGGCAGCUGCAAGGCGAGCGCGACGCGCUGCGCAUUCAGCUGGCACGACAGGAGGCGGAGACGGCGGCACUGCGGGAGAUGCUUCUUGUGCAGAGCCGGGACCGCGAAAACGAUGGAGGCAGCAAGCGGCGGAAAAAGAAGUAG